AUGGACGAAUUGUUCGUGAAUACAGACAUUAUUCGUGAAUACGACGCUGAGGACGAGGAGCUUGAAAAUCUGUUCUAUUCGUAUUGCGCCGAAGUUGACGAGACACAGAACGAGAUCAAAGUUCUCAAGGAAAAUCAAAAUCGUCUGCAGUCUAUCCAGAAGGUGACUAUAUCGUCCUGUGAUUCCCCUGAAAAGUCGAUAACGUGUGAUAACGAAUGUAUUUGCUCGACACUGAAAAAAGAGAUAUGGAAGUUGCGAAUGGAAAUGAUAUUGAAGAAUAGACAGAUUCAGACGUUGAAGCUGCAAUUAUUCUUAAUACAUAGCGAAAAUGACCUUCAUAUUUUGAAAAGGAAGCGAUUGUCGGAGGCACACAGUAAUAAAAUUAGCAAGCUAAAAGCGGAAAUUGAGCAAUUAAAAAUGGCUAUGCUGGGUACAAAGGGGAAAGAAUGUGAGGAUGAGAUGACUAACGAAAUGGAAGAAGGACAACCAGAUCAUGAGGAAUAUAAUUCGAUUCCACUUAAAAAGGAAAUCAAGGAAGAGAUACAGGAAAUUAGAAAUAAGUUGCUGCUUUCCUUAAAUUUAUGAUCUACGGGAACAUGUUAUAU